AAAAUACGAACCAGACGAAGAAGAAGAAGAAAGGGUUUCUGAAUUUCUCUGAUUUCAUCACAAUUUUGACUCCUGAGAGAAAUUCAGUUGAAUUUGCAUUCGAAUUUGAGAAGAGAAUGGAAUCGGAGGAUCUGUUGAAACAGGAAUUGGAGGAAUUGCAGAAACAAUUGGGGAAGAAGCAAAAGUUUGAGAGCGCUGUUUCAUCUCUCAAAUCGUUGCUUCCACAAACUUAUCCUUCAGCUUCUCCUUCGCUCCGCAAAUCUUUUUAUUCAGUUAUAUGCCGAGUUGCUACGGUGUUGAAGACUAGAUAUACAGCACCGGGUUUCUGGAAUGCUGGCCUAGGCCUUUUUGAGCAGGCUUUACUCCUAGUUUCUGAACCUUCUGAGAAGGCGCACCUGAAGGCUUGCAUUGCUAAUGCCAAGGAACAUUUGCAUCUAGAAGACAACCCAUCACAAGCUUUGCAACCUGCAGAGAAUCAAGCAAACAGAGGAUAUCUUUUUGAGGGACACCUUACAGUGGAUACAGAGCCACCACAACCUCAAUGGUUGGUGCAGUCAAACCUCUUGGCGACUGCUGCUACACUAUUUGCUGCUGAAUCCUCCCGAGGUUCAGCAGCAAAUGAUACUACACCAGAAGAUGCGGCAAAUGUGCUUGAAGAUCUUAUGAAUAGAUUGGAAGAAGUUGUGCCCCUGAUGGUGGAUGAAGGUGAUUUUGUAGCUCCAAAAGCCCCUCCUGCCAGUAAAGAAGUUGUGGCAAAACUUCCUGUUGUUACUCUCACAGAGGAAAUACUUGCUAAUAUUGGGAAAGAUGCAGAGUGUGCAAUUUGCAGGGAAAACUUGGUUGUAAAUGACAAAAUGCAAGAGUUACCAUGCAAGCACACGUUCCAUCCACCAUGUCUUAAGCCGUGGCUGGAUGAGCAUAAUUCAUGUCCAAUCUGUCGGUACGAGCUGCAAACUGAUGAUCAUGCCUAUGAGAGUUGGAAGGAACGGGAAAAAGAAGCGGAAGAAGAGAGGAAAGGUGCUGCAAAUGCAGUUCGAGGUGGUGAAUACAUGUAUGUUUAAAUGUUGCCUAUUCAAUUAUGGCUAAUAACACUGUUGUUUGGUGUAAAAUAGUGGAUUGAAACUAUUCAGUUGGUGAAUAGUUAUGAAUUCUUUAUCAUUUCGAGCUAGAGUUAUCAUUUCUUAAGGUUUAAGGAGGGGUCUCAUAUGAUAUGCCUAUUCCUUGAAAUACUGUCAAUAUUUCACUUCGUAUUUUCACUGGACACUGAUUGUCUAUACCGCUCCAAAAAAUAUUGGGAGCAUCAAUGUAUGUGCUCAAUUUUAUCCCA